GGCGGGCACCGAGUCACCAGGCACGACAGUGGGCUCCGAGUCAACUGGCAUGACCGCUGGCACUGGGUCAGACAUUGGAUCGUCUGGCUGGACAGCGGGCAUCGGGUCACCAGGCAUCAGGUCAUUUGGCUCGACAGCGGGCACCGCGUCAUCUGGCAAGGCACGGGCACCGCGUCAUCUGGCAAGGCAGUGGGCUCCGAGUCAACAGGCACGACAGUGGGCACCGGGUCAUCAGGUACCGGAUUGUCUGGCUCGACAGCGGGCAUCGGGUCACCAGGCAUCAGGUCAUUUGGCUCGCCAGCGGGCACCGCGUCAUCUGGCAAGGCAGUGGGCACCGAGUCACCAGGUAUGACAGCGGGCUCUGAGUCAAUUGGCACGACAGCGGGCACUGGAUCAGGUACCGGAUCGUCUGGAUCAACAGCGGGUAUCGAGUUAACUGGC